AAUUGGGAACAUGUGGAUUGCGUUUGCAUUGAUUUUGACUCAACUCUUUGUGAAACUGAAUCACUAGAUGAUUUAGCUGAAUUUUUAGGAAAAAGGAAUGAAGUUGAACAAAUUACUAAAAGGGGAAUGGAGGGCGAACUUAAGUUUGAAGAUUCUCUGGAAAAAAGAAUGAAUAUUCUAUCAAUAAAUCAAAAUCUAUACAAUCAAUUUUUGAAACAAAAUAAACUAAAAUUAACCAUUAAUAGUCAAAAAUUUAUACAAUUUUUAAAAGAGCACGAUAUUCCAGUAUAUAUUAUCUCCGGUGGAUUCAGUGAUAUUAUACACUCUUUAGUCAAAUCUUUAGGAAUAAAGAAGGAAAUGAUUUUUGCUAAUAAUAUAAUCUUUGAUAAAUAUGGUAACUAUCUUGAUUUUGAUCGCACAAAAAUGACAUCUUAUAGUGGAGGAAAGGGAAAAGUUAUUCAAUAUUUAAAAGAUGAAUUCAGAUAUCAGAAUAUUUACAUUAUAGGAGAUGGAGUUACAGAUUUAGAAGCAUGCCCACCUGCUAAUGGAUUUAUUGGAUUUGGUGGCAAUGUGAUUAGAGAAAAUGUUAAAAAUAGAAGCAAGUGGUUUAUAUAUGAUUUCCAAGAAUUGUUAGAAGAAUGAAAAUGAUUUUAUAGAUUAAUAUAUUGAUAAUAAAAUUAAAAAGC